GUAAAGUCACUGUAAGGCAGCAUUGAUCCCUGUCUGCAGGCAGAUUGAAGCAUGAUUCUUGAAGCGGCGACCCUCCAGCUUCAGCUGCGAAGCGCGCGAGUAGUGCGGCCCGCGCACGCGUGCCCCAACAGGACCCGCCGACCCGUUGCACGGUUAUUUGCAAAUCGAAACCUGAGCCCGUUGCGCUUCGCACAUUUAAAGCAUACAGACCGCAGCUCUGACAUAACUUACAAUAUCAAUUCACUCGCAGCGUCUCACACAACAAAAACUCUUACACCCUGUCUCCACACCUCCAACCACUUUCGCAAGCUAAACUCAUGCCACUGGACCCCGCAGCUAUGAAAGUCGAAGACAGCUACAUGGCUGAAGCAGCGGAUCAAGGGCUCGCUUGCCACGUAGAGGAGGAAAACAGUCUCGCGCCCUCAGCGAUGCCAUCGGUCGCGGCACCCAGGCCCGCAGCGCCACUGCCGUUGAUCCCCCUGUACAAUCGCAAGGUCACCGAAGCCGAAUACGACACUAAGAAUCGCGAGCAGCUGGGCCCGGCGCUUGCCGAGUGCUACGUGGGCAGCGCCGCGGGUGCGCCCGGCUCCAAGGCAAAGACCCGCUACACCCUGCGCGACCCCCGCACCGGCCGGCUCCUGCCCGAGCUGCUGUACGGCGCAGCCUGCAGAUACCUGAUGGAGUUCCAGGCGUUCCUGGAUCCCGCCGCCGCCGCGGCGGCGGCUGCAGCGGCGGCGGCUGCAGCGGCGGCGGCAGCGCCAGCUGCAGGAGCGGUCGGCGCAACAGGCGCAGCAGGAGCAGCAGUGCCGCCGGCUGCUGCUGGCGCAGCUGCAGCGGCAGCGCACAUGGCUACCGGCACCGCGCCGAAAAGGCCGCCGCCGCAGCAGCAUGCGACUCCAGGGCCCAAACGCGCGCGCCCGUCGUUCACGCCUGGCAUCGGCGUCGGUGUCGGCGGCAGCUGCGACCCUGCAGCGGCUGCCACCCUGCCCUCAGCCAACUCAGUCGGCAGCGACACGACCCAAUCGCUUGGAGCGCCGCCGGCUGCGCCCCCGCCGGUCAUCAUUGAGUCGCUUGGAGACCAGUGGCUGCCGCAGUCACGGUCCCAGCGGCCGUCGCCGCCACCGUCGCCGCUGCGCCGCCAGCCCUCAGCUCCGCCGUCGCCACUGCGCCAGCAGUCCUACCCGCCACCGUCGCCGCAGCGCCAGCAGCACAGCCACGCCCCGCCGGCAUCCCCGCUGAGACAGCCGCAACCGCAGCCGCAGCCGCAGCCGCAGCCGCAGCCGCAGCCGCAGCCGCAGCCGCAGCCGCAGCCGCAGCCGCAGCCGCAGCCGCAGCCGCAGCCGCAGCCGCAGCCGCAGCCGCAGCCGCAGCCGCAGCCGCAGCCGCAGCCGGCGCCGCCCAAGCAGCAGCGGCAGCAGCCGGCGCAGCAGCAGCCGGCGCCUGCGGUUAAGCAGGAGUGGGAGGUGAUGGAGGUGGAGGGGCCACCGGCUCCCGCGCCCGCACCUGUGCCGCUGCAGCCGCAGCCGCAACGGCAGCAGAAGCAGAAGAAGCAACCAGCCGCGCCUGCUGCUGCUGGUUGGAAGCCCAUCGUCACUACAGCUAUUGCCGGUGGCGCCCAGCCCCCGCCCGCGCGCAGCAGCCCAGCUGCCACCACCGCCGCCGGCAUGCCGGCCUGCACCACCACCACCGCUGCCGCGGCCCGCAGGGUCGCGGAACAGCCGCCGGCGCCAAAUGAUACUGUCCGCCGCCAGGGCGGCGGCGGCGGCGUGCCACCGGCCUCCUCGGACUUUGCCUUUGUCACGCCGUCCGCAACUACGGCGGCGGCAGCAGCAGCCCCGGCGCCCGCCCGCACCGAUGCUAGCUCCGCGCGCACAGCAGCGGCGGCCAGCCCCGCCGCCCCUUCCACGGGUAGCGGCGGCCUUGCACGCCAGCCGUCUUCGGUGGCGGCGGCGGUGCCCAUGGCGACCGCCUCCACGGCACCCACGGUGGCGGCAACCCGCGCGCCAUCGCCGCCACCGCCAGCAGUGGCAAAUGCGGCAAGCGUGGGUCGGCACAGCGGCGGCGGCAGUGGCACUGGUGGCUUAAGCAGGCCGCAAGCAAGUGCGGCGCCCGGAGGUCUUGAUAAUAGCGGCGGUUCAACGGCGGUCCGCAUGGGCAGUGCCGGUGGCAGCGGGAGUGGUGUUAGUGCCAACAGAGCAGCUGCCGAGGCGGCUGCGAGGCCUCAGUGGACACACACCGAGCAGCAGCAGCACCAGCAGCAGGCGCAGCAAGUGGCCCCGCGCUCGCCUCCCCGUGCUCCAGCUGGCGGCGCCGCCGGCGCCGCCGACCACUCCACGCCCUCGCUCAAGCCGCAGCGCCCGCAGCCGCAGCCGCAUCCACAGCCGCAGCCGCAGCCGCAGCCGCAUCCACAGCAACAUCAGCAGCACACCGCGUACACACGCGCGGCGUCGCCGGCGGCCGCCGAGGCCCCCACCCCGCUGCAUGCGCCGCCCUCACCCAACAGCAGCAGCAGGUGGUACCCGCCCUCCUCACCGCGUUGGUGCCCGCCGCCUUCGCCAGGCAUGGAGCCGCCGUCGUCGCCACUGCGCUGGAACCCGCCGCCGUCACCGCGCACCGAGCCGCCGCCGUCACCGCGCGCCGAGCCGCCGCCCUCGCCACUGCGGCAUGGCGGUGGCGGCGGCGGCGAGGAGCAGGGCGGCGGCCUGCGCCGAUCGCUGUCCACGCCCACCAUGUGCGGUGGUGGCAGUAGUAGUGGCGGCGCCGGCAGUAGCAGCACCCCUGGCGGCGGCGUGGUGGUGGUGCUGGACGAGUCACUGGCCUACACACGAGACCUGGGGCGGCUGCAGCAGCUGGUGGCCUCGCUGCGGCGCGCAUGCGAUGACGACUGCGCCGGUGCCGGCGCAGCCUCCUCCUCUACCUCUCCCUCCACCUCCUCUUCCUCCUCCUCCUCCUCCUCCUCGCCGCCGCCCGUCUGCGUCACGGCCACCUUCCCACUGCUGGACAAGCUCGCCGCAGCCUUCCCGCACGCGCACCCGCACCUGCAGCAGCAGCAGGGCGGCGGCGGCGCUGCCGGCGGCGCUGCAGCCGGCCGCGUGCCCGCCACCAUCCCCAGCGCCUCGCUCUACACCCUCCUAGACGCCCUCACGCCGCCGACCGCAUACGCAGCUUCCGGCGCGGCUCCCGGUGCAGCUGCCGGUGCGGCUGCCGCUGCGGCGACCGCGGCGGCGGCGAGGCGCUGCCACGGCUCCGCCAAGGCCGCGCACGCCGCGCUGUACGACGACCUGCAGCGGCGCGGCUGCAUGAAGGUUGUGGGGUCGACGGAGGUGUCACUCGCCUCCAGCCUCUUCCUCGCGUAUGGGGAGCUCGCCAAGGGGCCGGCGGCGGCGGCGACGCCAGCGGCGGGCAGCAGAGGCGCUGCCGAGACCGGGAGUGGCGGCGGCAGCUGGCAGCCGCCGCCGAAGACAGUGAUUGUGGUUGUGGAUGACUUGGAGGGGCUGAUGAUUGCGGCGACGGCAGGCUCCAGGAACGGCAGCGCGGGCGGGGCCGCGGUUGUGCCGGUGGAGAGCCUGCCUGCGCACCCAGUGACCGGGGAGGCGCCGGGCCCCACCACCAAGCGCUGGACGACGGUGGUGACGCUGGCGCAGGCGGUGCGGGCGGCGGGCCCGGCCGUGGCGCGGCACGGCGGGCAGCGGGUGGUGGCGGCUCUGCGGGGGCUGGCGGCGCAGGCGGCUGUGCGGCAGUGCCUGCGUGUGGUGGCGGCGCCGGGCGCAGCGGAGCGGAAUGAGCUGCGGCUGUGGUGCGAGGUGCUGGGCGCCGACGAGUAGAUGGCGCUGGUUACACGCGGGACCUGCUGACGCAGCUCACUAGUGCUACCGUCACAAGCACUCAUAUUGAUCCAGGCUUGAUACUUACUUGCCUUCCUAUCGCGACGGACUCCAAGGAGUCAGCGGGGCCACGUGGACCCGAACCCCAUCAUGUGGGCACAGAUGCAGCAGGGCCGAGAAGGGUUCCUGCCAGGGGCUAGCCUUCUUUAAAUGCAAUGGAAGCACUGAGUGCGCUGUCAGCCAGUGUCCGUGCCGUUCCAGUCCCGGACCAAAGGA